AUAUUUCUGUAAUUUUUCAAGGCAAUGAAGCAGUUGACGAUAAAAAAGGACAAAAAAAAAAAAACUCGAUAUACGCAACAACUCUACGGAACUGUCGGCGGCCUGGUGAGUCUCGGCAAGACAACACAGUGCUGAAAUGGAAAUUCAUCCAUUUCAAAACUUUAGAUGGUAAGAUUUCCUCGAGAAAGAACGAAGUAACAACUGAUGCUGUAGAACUACAUUUUGAUAAGAAAGAUUGGGAAGUUGCUCCAGGAGAAGUAUUCAACGCAAUAGUCGAGUUGGUCGACGAGAUAGGGAACACCGUCGUUGGAAUUGUGGACAUUAAUAUCGAUGUUCUUGAAAAUACACUACCAGUUAAACUUACAACUGCAUCCACGGUCUUUCUAGCUGACGGACAAAUAUCUUCUCUAAGUCUGACUGGAAAGCCAAAGAGUGUUUUCACGGUGGUUCUACAAUACACGGGGGAAGAAUUAUUGCACGUUAAAAUCGUAAACGUCUCUUUGCAGAAUUGCCACGCAGGCUUCAUUUAUAACAGUUCCGUUCAGAAUUGCGUUUGCAUGAAAUCUCCAGGAAUAGCACGGUGUGACUUAAAUGAUAAAAAGACUGUUUACCUGAAGAAAGGAUAUUGGGCUGGGAAAGUGGGCGAUAAUUUCACAACACAUCUCUGCCCCGACGGAUACUGUACCACUCACAAGUCCAUAUUUCCUUCUGAGUACAAGUACAACGGAACAGUGUGCCAAAAGGGCAGAAACCAGACGAGUGUACUUUGUGGCCAAUGCAAGCGUGGUUACAGUAUCAUGUUUGUGAGCGAACAAUGCUCAUCCGAUUGCACUGAUAAAUGGCUAUGGAUGAUUUUUGUCUAUGCAAUAACACUAAUUGUAGUUACUUGCUUCGUGUUGUUGGUUAAUCCGAAUCUGUCUGGGGGACACCUGAAUGCUUGUUUGUACUCAUACCAAAUCAUGAAAAUACUAAUCCCAGAUGGAUUUACUUUCGAUCCUUUUAUUGAAUUUCUCAUCGGACUGACUAACUUUCAACUUGGAGGUAGACGUGGCGUUUGUUUCGCAGCUGGUUUAAGCAAUGUUGACAAGCUGGCCAUAUCGGCUCUCUUUCCAAUCGCUGAAAUACUUCUGAUAUUGCCUUUGUUAAGACGGGUGUUGAUUAAAACCUGGAGCAGGGGGUUGGACUUGCUAGUUGAUAGACUGAACGACAGAGAGAGUUGUCGUUGUGGUUGUUUCUGUCGAAACGCAGUUGUGAGCUGGCUGGAGUUCUUCUCUGCUUCGUUCAAAGCACGUAUAGAGAAUGGAUUCGACCAUGCCUUCUUCACCAUCGUAGUGUUGUGCUAUGCCGACUUGGCCAACAUUGCACUGCGUCUCUUGCAUUUCGUGAAGGUUGGUGGGCGGUGGGUGUUGUUUGAUGAUGGUAAUGUUAAAUUCUUUGACAGCGUUUUGCACGGUAUAUUCAUAAUUGGUGCUAUUUUCCUUCUGCUGUUCGUCAUUUACAUCCCGCUGAGACUUGCAAUCCAUCCGGAGAAAUCAAACUUACGACUUCAAACUCUUCAUGCUUGUUUUAAGCCUGGUUAUCGCUCUUUUGUGGCUUACUACCUUGUGUGUCGACUGGUGCUGUUACUUAUAGGUACUUUUGUACCUAAUAGUUCUUUGAGAGCCUCUUUGUUGCAAUUCUUUUGCAUUCUAUUCAUGUUUGCCGUCGCAACUGUGAGACCUUACAUAGAAAGGAACCAUGGUGGCAAUGAAUACGAGGCCCCACGAGCGACAACUCAGAGUGGUAACUUUACAGAAGGAAGGCAAGUAUCUAAAGAGGCAAGUCCGAGCGUCAAUGAAACACCAGCCCCUCCACAAGAACUAAUUCGUGUAGGUGUGGAUGGCGACGAAGUAAAAGAAGAAAAAAGUGAGACCGAAGGAGAACAAAAUCCAAGAAGCGCUUCGACAAGAAGUUCCAAACAGGCAGCAAAUCAUCGCACUGCGCGUAACAAUGAAGGAGAAGAGGCAGAGAGGCCUGGUCGCCAAGAAGAAGAGGAAGGACGUCAAAGAAAUGCUGGUCAAGAGAUAAUGGAAAACCUGUACAUCUACGAGUCCGACCUAGUGAUCUUAGUGACGCUGAGUGCCAUUGCAGUUUUCAGUCUUCCUACCGACACUGAAGUAUCCGAAACCACUAAACUUAGUCUGCAGUAUUGGGUUAGGAUUUUGGCAUACGUCCCACUGGUGAUGGCUUUGGUUCCCUACAUCUUUUAUUUAAUGCGCCUACUACAGCGGUAUCGCCAUGAGAGAAGGGAACAUCAUGUCCCUAAGCCACAGGGUGUAUCAUGUAUGUCGCCUUCCCGUUUAAUUGAGCAGAGCCCCGCAGUACAAGAUGAUCGGUCAGAUGAGAAAACUCCACUGAUAAGAAACAGAGAAGAUACAGCUUCUGACCACGGUAGUAGAUUUUACACAAUCCCCUAGAGCCUUGCAUUGUAGACGAGUUGCCAGAGAUGAAAUUGUACUUAGCUGCGAAUUUAGAAGCUGACGUUUCAGUGAGUUGGAAUAAAGAAGAAUUGAAUACUUUCUAACGCAGUUGAAAAUAAUCAUCCCUGACCAAAACCAAUGUGACUUUUGACUCUAAUUUUGUGCUGAUGCUUUUGUUGUAUCGGGGACUGUUACAGUCAUUUUUUUCUCUAAAAUUGUGAUUUCACGAAAAAAAACUGUUAGGUGAUCAGAAUUAUUUCAUUUGCAAUCAGCGAUCUAUUAUAGCAAGCGUGAAACAGUUUCAGACAAAACCUUAAUAAUGGAAUUAAUUAUAAAUUGUCAUUAUGAUGACGAGACUCACCAGAACCCUUAUUAGGCUCAAGUGUAGUCAAUCGAUAAAUUUUGAUGAUUGAUUUGUAUCCGUAAUUAUACGAACCCACUAAGUUUAACUGGCAUUUCACAGUUUAGUUUAGGAUUAAGCAAGAAAUUUUCUUACGACUGAAGCUAGGCUGUCCUUUAUCUAUGAUCUGUGACUUGUACUGUUUGGUUGGUUCAUCAAGUUUUCUACUUUAUUAAAAUAUAAAUUUCCUUUUUA